CUCCUUUCGGAUUCUAGGAGUAAAAACGGAAGGAAGGAAAGGGGGUGGGGGGAGAGACAAGGAUGAUAUAUUGAUCCGAUGGCUGUAUUCAUAUUCAGAUACGCCAUAAUCUCCUUUUCAUUGAUCCACAGGUUCUUUUAUAAACUGUCUUUCUAUUCUCAGCCCCAGACAUCACGCUGAAAUCAUUUUAGCUGCAGCGGCUUUAGCUUGGCUUUGCGGGUUGUAAAUUUACUGCAGCUGGAAAAGGAUUAGCCAUUUUUUUCUGGUAACCCAGCUUUAACUGCUCAAAGAUAUGACCCAUUCAAAUGAAAGAAGCGAAGGGAGGAAGAGGAGAAGACCAGACAGCAAUGAAUGAACAGAUAGAAAGAUAAAUACAAACGUUUACAAAUACAUAGAGGAUUUUUAUAAAUGAACCUGUAUCGAAAUGUAAUUUCCUCAAUUUCCACAAUAGAAAAAUGCAUCUGAACAGACAAGCUGGUUGAAAUGUAUCAAAGGAAGCCAUCCUUCUACUGUUUUACUAGUUAUGAUUAAAGAUGUGAUCACGAAGGGCUGAUCUUACAAGAAGUCUCUCUGCCUAAUAUUUAAACAACCACCAAAUAGCAUUUAGCAAAAAGUGAAAUUUAUGAACAUUUCAUCCUAAUUGUACCAGGUUUAGAAAGUUAUAUAAAUGGAACUUCAAUUUAAUAAAUCACCGGGUAUAUUAUAUGGAACACUAACAUGUCCACAGUUUAGAUUUAUGAACACUUGUAUCAAAAUUAAUCUAUAAAUCUUAACUAGAUGGUUUACAUUUAAUGUAGACACAUACAUACAUAUCUCUAAAAUGUGUGUUACCUAUGGACUUUAAAUGCAAACUUUAUUUUUAUAUCAAUGCAGAAAUUGUCAUUGACCUUACUUAUCACAGUCUUCUACGUCUAUUGUCCUUCCACUACUGGGGUGGCAGGGGGAGAGAGAGAAGGCAUUUCGUGUGCUGGUGUUCUACAAGGCGUAGGACUAUCCCAUGUGUGUUCCUGAAGGGUACUAGUUUAAGUUGCAAAAUAGUAUUUCAGCAAAGAAUACAAAAACGGAUAUUGUGUACAGUUGCAAUAGUGAAACAGCUACUAACUAACAUUUAUCAAAGUGCUUUCCAUGUCAGGAAAGUUGAAACAAUAGUAAACACUGAUAAAAGAAUGGUCCUUUGUAUCCAGAGCAUUUUAGUAAAUAAUACUUUUCAUCAGCAAACUUCUAUUGACUCUUCCCAUCUAAUCCCCUUCUCCUCACACACAAACUAAUUUUAGAUCAAGCAUUGUUGACAUUUAUUCAACUCUAUCACACAAUUGAUCAUAUUCUGCUUUGAUUUACAUCAUGUACCAUCUCUUCCACUUCAGACAGUGAGCUGCAGAGGGUGUAAAUCAAGCCAGGAUUUGGCCCAAAUGCAUGACGGUGUUAAUUAGGUGAACUCGGAAAAAGUGUAGGCGUGUGACGGAAACUUGCACUCUCUCAUUUGUCAACUGAACUAAUUAUUUAAGGCAGCCCAGAGUAAAACAAGGCACAAGUUUCCCUUGUUUAUUUUUUAAAAAAUGUUUGUUUUACCAUUGAACCAGAUAUAGAGCUGGCCAAAUAGGAAAAAAAAAGUGAGUAGCUGAUGGAAAUUCCUCCUCCACGGGGAAAACUGGUUAUUAUUGUCGUCUUGGUUUGCACUGAUGACGAUAAGCGAUCUCCCUAUUCAGUAACUGCAGCAGGGGAAUAGUAACUUUCCGAGGCAGAGAUUCCCUCGUAAGCGCUUCGGGAGCUGCAGGGUUAUUUUCUCUCUCUCUCUCUCUAUCUGUCUCUCUGUGGCAUGCACACAGACCAACUAGAGCUCUGGAUUCUCCCCCUGUUUCUCCCCUGUGAUGCAGCCUGCUUGACGUGCCCUGGACCCAAUGAGCUGUCGCCCUUGUGGGUGUUGCUACACAUUCAUUGGUUGGCAGGAGCAGGGCGCUGCGCAAAAACAGAAAAGCCGAGUGCUCGGAGCUCAGAAACUGCCAGUAGAGAUCACAGGAGCUGGAGCCAAGACAGGAGGAGACCUGCAGCGAGAGAGACAACGGCAGAGUGAGAGGGUGAGAAGAAAAAGCAUCAAGAGAAGAAAGACUGAUCAGCACAUCAAUAACGAGCAAAAUGAUGGUCAUCAUCAUAACAAUGGCAAUAAAAGAAGAGACUAUACAUAAAGAAAAGAAAAUAUAAAAUAACAAUAAUUAUUAUUAUAAUAAAGGAGAAAAUCCCAGAGAAAUUCAGGGAAUGAAAGUUUUGGGCGGCAAAUCUGCUCUCUGCCUUUUUGAUAUCAGAUCCUUUUGCUGGUUAUAUAUAUAUAUAUUUCAUUUUUUUCCUGCUUUUUUGCAUCUAAACAGGGCAUGUGCAGCGGUUCCGCCAGCAGCAUCUAUCCCUCCUGCUCCCAUCAGGCAGGGAAACCGAGGACAAUCUUGAAAUAUAAAAAUUUCUUCCUUUGGAUUUGCUGCUGCUGCCUCCACUGCCGCUGCAGCGGUGCAGUGCCAAGACUCUCGGAAUAAAUAAGAGCGGGCUACUGUGUAUACUGUGUGUAUACCUAUCUCCAUACAGCUCUAGGUUUUAUUAGUUGGUCAUUUAUUUCGAAGAUCACAGAUGAGGUGGGGACGCCUAUCUUCUUCGUUUGAUCAGCGUGUGAAAUAAUCAUAAAAGGAGCGAAAUGAGGGAGAAAAAAAAUCCUAAUAUGAAGCAGAAAGAAUAAUAAUUAAACAAACCCUAGAUCUAAAUCCCACUCAGAUCCCCCUCCCUCCACGCACGCACACUGCCCUCAGUAUUUUGAGAGGAGGAGGUGGUGGUUUCUAAAGGAGGAAGUGGUGUUGGAGGGGAUCUCUUUCCCCAUUUGGAGAUGAUUGUGCUAUUCCUCCUCGCCUUGCUCUGGAUGGUGGAGGGAGCCCUUUCUCAGCUUCACUACACGGUGCAAGAGGAGCAGGAGCAUGGCACGUUCGUGGGGAAUAUCGCCGAGGACCUGGGCUUGGACAUUACAAAACUUUCGGCUCGCCGCUUCCAGACGGUACCCAACUCUCGGAGCCCUUACCUAGAGCUCAACCUGGAGACUGGGGUGCUGUACGUGAACGAGAAGAUCGACCGGGAGCAGAUCUGCAAGCAGAACCCCCCCUCCUGCCAGCUGCACCUGGAGGUCUUUUUGGAGAACCCCCUCGAGCUGUUCCGGGUGGAGAUCGAGGUGCUGGACAUCAAUGACAAUCCGCCCUCCUUCCCGGAGCCCGACCUGACAGUGGAGAUCUCCGAGAGCGCCACGCCGGGCACCCGCUUCCCACUGGAGAGCGCCUUCGACCCGGACGUGGGCACCAACUCGCUGCGCACCUACGAGAUCACCCCCAACAGCUACUUCUCGCUGGACGUGCAGACCCAGGGCGACGGCAACCGCUUCGCUGAGCUGGUGCUGGACAAGCCCCUGGACCGCGAGCAGCAGGCGGUGCACCGCUACGUGCUGACCGCGGUGGACGGGGGCCAACCCCAGCAGCGCACCGGCACCGCCCUGCUCACCAUCAGGGUGCUGGACUCCAAUGACAACGUGCCCGCCUUCGAGCAGCCCGUCUACACCGUGUCCCUGCCGGAGAACUCGCCGCCGGGCACCCUGGUGCUGCAGCUCAACGCCAGCGACCCGGACGAGGGCCAGAACGGCGAGGUCAUCUACUCCUUCAGCAGCCACAUCUCGGCGCGGGCCCGGGAGCUCUUCGGCAUCUCACCGCGCACCGGUCGGCUGGAGGUGAGCGGCGAGCUGGACUACGAGGAGAGCAGCGUGUACCAGGUGUACGUGCAAGCCAAGGACCUGGGCCCCAACGCCGUGCCCGCCCACUGCAAGGUGCUGGUGCGGGUGCUGGACGCCAACGACAACCCGCCCGAGAUCAGCUUCUCCACCGUCAAGGAGGCGGUGAGCGAGGCGGCCUCGCCGGGCACGGUGGUGGCGCUGUUCAGCGUCUCGGACCGGGACUCGGAGGAGAACGGGCAGGUGCAGUGCGAGCUGCUGCAGAGCGACGCGCCCUUCCGCCUCAAGAGCUCCUUCAAGAACUACUACACCAUCGUCACCGAGGGGCCGCUGGACCGCGAGCAGCCGGGUGGCGACGCCUACACCCUCACGGUGGUGGCGCGGGACAUGGGCGAGCCGGCGCUGAGCACCAGCAAGUCCAUCCAGGUGCGGGUGAGCGACGUGAACGACAACGCGCCGCGCUUCAGCCAGCCCCUCUACCAGGUCUAUGUGAGCGAGAACAACGUGCCGGGCGCCUACAUCUACGCCGUGAGCGCCACCGACCGGGACCAGGGCGCCAACGCCCAGCUCGCCUACUCCAUCCUGGAGAGCCAGAUCCAGGGCAUGUCCGUCUUCACCUACGUCUCCAUCAACGCCGAGAACGGCUUCCUCUACGCCCUGCGCUCCUUCGACUACGAGCAGCUCAAGGAGUUCAGCUUCCAGGUGGAGGCCCGCGACGCGGGCGAGGAGCCCCAGCCCCUGGCCGGCAACGCCACCGUCAGCAUCAUCGUGGUGGACCAGAACGACAACGCGCCCGCCAUCGUCAGCCCCUUGCCCGGCCGCAACGGCACCCCGGCCCGGGAGGUGCUGCCGCGCAGCGCCGAGCCCGGCUACCUGGUGAGCCGGGUGGCGGCGGUGGACGCGGACGACGGGGAGAACGCGCGCCUCACCUACAGCAUCGCGCGGGGCAACGAGGCCAGCCUCUUCCGCAUGGACUGGCGCACUGGGGAGCUGCGCACCGCGCGCAAAGUGCCGGCCAAGCGCGACCCCCAGCGACCCUUCGAGCUGGUGAUCGAGGUGCGGGACCACGGGCAGCCGCCGCUCUCCUCCACCGCCGCCAUCCAGGUGGUGCUGGUGGACAGCGCAGUGGAGCGCCAGGGAGGCGGCGGCCUGGGUGCGGGGGGCGGCGGCGGCGGCGGCGGCGGCGGGGGAGGGGCGGGAGGGGACCAUCGCCCCAGCCGCUCCGGGGGCGAGACCUCGCUGGACCUGACCCUCAUCCUGAUCAUCGCCCUGGGCUCCGUGUCGUUCAUUUUCCUGCUGGCCAUGAUCGUGCUGGCCGUGCGCUGCCAGAAGGAGAAGAAGCUCAACAUCUACACCUGCCUGGCCAGCGACUGCUGCCUGGGCUGCUGCUGCUGCUGCUGCCCCUGCUGCAGCCGCCAGGCCCGGGCCCGCAAGAAGAAGCUGAGCAAGUCGGACAUCAUGCUGGUGCAGAGCUCCAACGUACCCAGUAACCCGGCCCAGGUCCCCGUGGAGGAAUCGGGCAACUUCGGAUCCCACCAUCACAACCAGAACUACUGCUACCAGGUCUGCCUCACUCCGGAGUCAGCCAAGACCGACCUGAUGUUCCUCAAGCCCUGCAGCCCAUCCCGGAGCACUGACACUGAGCACAACCCCUGCGGGGCCAUAGUGACAGGUUACACAGACCAGCAGCCAGACAUCAUCUCCAAUGGCAGCAUAUUGUCCAACGAGACAAAACAUCAGCGUGCAGAGCUCAGUUAUCUAGUUGAUAGACCCCGACGAGUAAACAGUUCUGCAUUCCAGGAAGCAGACAUAGUAAGCUCUAAGGACAGUGGUCAUGGAGACAGCGAGCAAGGAGACAGUGAUCAUGAUGCCACUAAUCGAGGUCAAUCCUCUGGCAUGGAUCUCUUCUCCAAUUGCACAGAGGAAUGUAAAGCACUGGGCCACUCGGAUCGGUGCUGGAUGCCCUCCUUUGUCGCAUCCGAUGGACGCCAGGCUGCAGAUUAUCGCAGCAAUCUGCAUGUGCCCGGUAUGGACUCUGUUCCAGACACUGAAGUGUUUGAAACACCGGAAGCCCAGCCUGGGACAGAGAGGUCCUUUUCCACCUUCGGCAAGGAGAAGGCCCUUCACAAUACUCUGGAGAGGAAGGAGUUGGAUGGACUGCUGACUAAUACACGAGCGCCUUACAAACCACCAUAUUUGAUAUGUCAGAGGUAGGAAGCCUGUGAGAGAACAGCGCGGAAAAGGAUAUGCUAGUCAAUUCUACAGAACUUACCUGAAGCAGCAUGAUUUGCACAAAAGUCGAUCAACAAAAAGCAUCAACUUUUCAACUUCAUUAUCUUGGCCAUCCAGUUCUAUGUAACUGAAGGAUUUGUGUGCUGUUGGAGACAUCAUGGCCAACAAUAGGACCUAAUUGCUCUCAGCAGGCCUGAGAAAUGAGUUGAAAUGUGUGGAACUGUAGAAACUUCAGAGGCAACUGAUCUUGCCUUUCUGAUCAGUGUGUGCCUGUUUACAGCACUAUAUAUCUUUCUCUCUCCAAAAUGUUACUGAGCCCUUUAGAUGUUUAUAUUCACCACAAGAAGCCAAUCGUACAGAUAAAAGAAAUCUGCAUUAUAAAUGCAAUAUCACUGUUUUAAACUUGACUGUUUUAUAUUAUUUUUGUGUGAUCAAGUGUUCCCCAAACUAUUCCAACUUUACAAGAGAGAUUGUGAUCAUAAUCUUUUCACCUGUGGGUCAUAAAAAUGUUGUUAAUCUGCAGACCCACAAAAUAUCAAAGACAUUCUGUAGUUUAUACACGUGUUGCAAAGUGUUUACUGUACUAUUUCAAAGCUUCUAAAUAAAUAUAAAAUAUAUAUAUAUUAUAUUAUAUAUAAUUUUCCGAAAAAUGUGGUACAAUUUAGUUGAUUUUUAAAUGGAUUCAUAUAGUCCAAACCAUACACUAAAGUGAGAAGGUAAUUCAGGGUCCCUAAGUUAUCCUUGCUAAAAAAAAAAAAUAAAUCUUUAAUAAUAUUUCCCCAAUUUUGGUAUUUUGGUCAGUCCUGUUUUUCCUUUGUUGUUGUUGUUGUUUGUUUUUGUUAUUUUUAAAGCUGUAAGAAACAACAUUUUGUUUAGAAGUUGUACUGAAUUUUCAAUGCCAAAGAUGCACCUGUCAGUUUUACCAGAAUGAGCACUGACUAUGUACUAUCAAAAGUAUAUCUCAAUCUCCAUUAUUUUGAUUCUAUUUCUGUUUUUUAAUUUGGUAUCACAACACCUUUUAUAAAGGAUCUAUAAACUCACCUGUAAAUGUUGUUAAAAAGAACACUGGGUGUCUGUACAUUUUGAAAUGUAAGAUGUAAUGUAACUUAAGAUAACUGUUCUAAGGAAAUCCUCCCAAACUCCUGACACACACAUCUUUCUUUGACAUAAUUUUGUGCAAACCUAAGCAAAUAUAUUUAUCUUCUCAUCUUGGCUAGAAAUGGUUUUUGAUAAAAGGCAAAUCACAAAGUCAUAGAGUUGGCUGAGCCGUAAUUUUUUUCUUCUUUUUUUACAUUAAAGAGAUUUGGAGUAGGAACAUGGUACAUUCUCAGACUGACCCUACUCUCACUGGAAUUAAUAGGAGAUUGACCAAUGAUUUCAUUGGGAGCAGGAUCAAGCCUGUCCAUAUUGUUUUUACCUUUUUUAAUAAUGCAACAGACUGAAAUGUUAUCUCACAGAUUUUUGUUCAUACAUAUAUAAAAAACUUGUUUGAAAAGAAAAGCCGUGAAAAGUAAAGUUUAACUUUACUUUCAAGUCCACAGACUUGAAGUAUCAUUUACAAGUGUAAAAUCUAAUAAGAUGUUUCCUUUUUUACAUUCUUUACUGUACUGUUCCUUCUAUAUUUCCUAAUUAUUGCCUGUCAAAUACUGAAACAAAAUUAUAGAAUGUUGGAUUAUCAGCCCAUUGACGUCAAUAGAACAUGGAAUUCCCAUUAACUUCUGUGACUUUGGAUCCAGAUUCUGGAAGCCUUGUCAGUGCUGAGUAUAAAUCACAGCAUGAGUAAGAAUGACAGAAUCUGACCUCCAAGUGGUGGAAGUUGUUUUUGUUUUUCCUUUUUUUCCAAUGGCAAUUGCUAUUAGAUAGAGACAUGCAAAUCAUUUGUACGGAGUCUGCCGUACUAUUGAUGCACACAAGACUCUCAUUGCUUUCAGUGAGAGUUCCAUGCACAGACUGCUACCUGGAUUGAGCCCUAAUGUCAUCAGUUUAUUUCAUAAGUCUAACAAAAUAGGCUUGUUAAACACUUUGAACACAUAUUUCUAGCUUAUUUGUACAACUUACAAAAACUUCUCGGGAUCCUUUUUAAAAUGUACAUAUAAAAAUCAUGAAAAAGCACAGAAAAUAGCUAUUGAGCUGAACAAACACAGCAGUGGGAUGUUUCUUUAGCUUUAGGUAAUGGGACUUUAGUCACCUACAUGCCUUGUUAGUUUUAUGAAGAAUGGACUAUUUUAGUAAUGAAAUGUGUGAAGUAUAUUUCAUUUGAAGAAGUCUGUCAAUUUGUUGUUGCUGCUUUUCAGGCAAGAAAGUGAUUGCCCUUUCUGGAACUGGUUUUGCUUUAUUUCUAAACCUCUCUUUAAACUGAGAUAUAUACUGUAAAAUAAGGUUGUUUUCAGUCUUGGGAUGGAAAAAAACUCACAUUUUUCUUAUUUAAUAGACUAUUGAAGUGCUUUUUAUUUAUUUAAACCUCAUUAACACUGUGCAUGCAAUUUUUUAAAAUAACCAUAUCAAAAUGAUUUCAUAUAUCUCCAUGAUUGGCCUUGUUCCAUGACCUCUGUACUGUAUAUGUACUUGCAUACAUCCGUUUCAUUUUUUACCGUAACUAAUCCUGCUAUCAGUCCACACAAAAUAAUCCUAUUGAGUGCAGUGGGAGAGCCAUAUGUAGAACAAUGGUCAGACUGAGCACUAUUUAGGUCUCGACUGUGUUUGUAGCACGUAGCUGAUAGUAGAAAGCAGAAUGUAGCUGCAUUGCCACAUGAGGAGCUCUGCAUUUAGGGCUGUCCAAAUAACUGAAUUAUCAGUUCAGGUGCAGGUCUGGAAAAAAAAAUUAAAUAUAUUUUGGGUCAACCUGAAAUGAGAAUAUUUCAACAUUUUCUCUGAGCCAAAAUCAAACUCCCAUCAUGCUUUCUACUGGCUAUAUUCCUGGAUCUGUGUACGUUUGUGCUGACCAAAUUGUUUCCAUAGACCCAAAAUGAAUAAUUUUUUAAAAAAUAAAUACGAAAUUGAAGGAAAUUCUGAAACAAACUGUCCUUCUGCAAGAAAAAAAUACAUAUUUGUGACUUUUUAAAUCUUUUGACUGAAAAAAAUUGCCAAAAUUGACUUGAAUUUGCAAAUGGUUUCAUCUAAUCCAAAUCUGUGUUUUUUGGCAAAAUAAAGUUUUGCAUGACAAAUUUCACCAAGCUGUACCUGAGAUGCAUUUUGCCCCUGAGAGACAGACACAAUCAUUCCCAUGGCCCUUCAUUGCACUGGAAGGGAAGCAUACUCCUCACUUUGCAUUCAGGCAGUUGUGCUGGCUAUUUCAUGGGGUGUACUGUUCUAUAGGCUUGAUUUCAAAAUAUAUUUAGGCACCUAUAGGUGCAAAUAGGCAUCUUGUGGAAUUUUCAAAAGUGCCUAGGUGCCUAAUUAAUCACUAGCUGCCUAUCUGCAUCUUUAGGAAUCUAAAGACAUUUAAAAAUUUAGCACUAGGUCUCUGCCCAUUUCCCCCAGUUCCCACUCUCUUGCUCCCUGGGGAAGCUUGCAUAUGUACUUGCAUUCAUCUGAACACCACCCAGGCGUGGAUCUACAUAUAGCUCUAAAUAGAUGUGUAGGGACUGAGAUAUCUUGUCUUUCCUGCAUGGCUACAUUGAGGUUAGGAACAAUCUAGCUCUGAAUUAGGUGUCUAAUACCGUAAUAUAUAUUACAAUUUAUGGGCCCAAUACUGCAAGCUCUCAUAGUGUAGAACUGCCUCUGAAAUCAAUGGGAGUUACAUGCAGAAAAGGCUUUCAAGAUCAGAUCCUAUGAAGGAUAAUGAGAGGAUAAUAUUUAUUUAUUUUAAAUUCAUUUUACAUACAUAUGAGAGAAUUUCUAAGUGGCUUGUCCAUUCAGUUUCUUCAAAGCCUUUCCAGACUGAUUUUGUGCCAGAAUCUCAAAUUGUAAUAAACUCUUUAGCUAUUUUAAAAAAAAACAGCUAGUUUAACAUAGGCUUUUAUUAAAUUAUAUUUUCUAAGGAAAAAUGAAGUAUUUCACAUAACGUAUUACCAGCUGAUUUGACCAGUAUUUAGAAAGUUAAUAAAGCUAAUAUACCCAGUAUUACAAAAGGAUGUUGAAUGACCUACAUACAGAUGAAUACAGUUUGAUCUAUUUGUGAGGAUUCUAAUUUAUAAAUAAUAUCCAUAAUAUAUGGAGAUAAUUUUAAUUAAAACCUGAAAAGCUGCAAAUGAGUUUCUUUCAGAGGUGUGCCAUCCUAUCAACAAAUGUUGACAUAAAACACAUGUACACAUGUAAAAAAAAAUGAGGUUACUUACCAUAGAGGUAAUGGCUCCAUAACGAAGACUGGAUUAAGUUUUCCAUGUAAAGUGGGAAUUCAGCCUCGUUGUUUUUAUUUUACUCUCUCUUUCUCUCUCUCUCUCUCUCUCUCACAUACACCCAGGCACACCCCAGACAUACAAAAUUUUACUUGCCCAUAGAUAAGAAAAAACAUGUUUUUCCUUUACUAUAAUUCAUCAUGGUUAAGGGCAGAUGAGUAUAUAUUCUUCCUGAAAUGGUGUAUUUCCAUGGUAGUAUUGCAAAGCUGUUAUGUAUUUAUAUGGCCUUCAUUUUUUUUAAAAAAAGGGCUAGGCAUACCCUCCCAUUGUUCUAUGUUUGGGUCUCCAGUUUAUUUCCAGGAAAAGUUUUGUAUAAAAAUCUUUAAAUCCUAAUUCAAAAUGAGCAACUUUGAUGUAAAUUUAGUCAUUUCAGCUUUUCUGCAACACAUUGGCACCAGAUGUCUAUAAAUAUGGAAAAGUUGUUUAAUCUAUUUGAAGUACAGUGCAGCAGGCCAAUAAGACUUCAUUAUGCUAUUACACUACGAAAAAUUCUGAAACUGAGUUUAAUCUGUUCCACUGACCCCCACAAUCAGAGCCCAAAAGCUUCUUUAAAAGCUCUUCCAUUUUAUUUUCUCACUAAUCUGCUAAUCUGUUUUGGUAUAAAAUAGAUACACAUACAAAUACACACACACAUUUAAAAUCCAUUGUUGAAAAUCUGUGUCUUUGUAGAUAUCCUCGUAUGUAAGAAAUGGGCAAAAACAAACUUGGACAGCUUUCUUGAAGUGAAAUUGUUUUUUGAAUUUGUUAAUAAAGUUCAUGAUAUUGUA